AUGGAUCCUGAACCUCCCACCAAAAGACGGAGGUUUUUCGCCGACCCCGAAGAAGCUUCAUCAGACCCAGUUGCUCAUGACAGCUCCCCGUUACCACCACGAAAACGCUUCUUCAAAGAUGAAGACGAGACAGCUCCAAAAACCGAACAAUUAAAAACGAUAACCGAGAACUCGAAUGAUGAGCCACUGGAAUUAUCCUCCACGAACCCUUCAGCUUCCCAGCAGGAUUCAUCUGUAACCUUCGACCAGGAGACAUUCGAGGCUUUCAUUGGCGACAAGGUCUCAGGGGAUGUCCUCUCUGCAAUCAGAAGUAAUUGCGGAAAUAAUCUCGAGAGAGCUGUGAACAUGUAUUUUGAUGGAACAUAUAAAAAGUUUGUGAAGAAAUCAUCACGACCAGCAAAACAGACCGCCAGCUCGAGUCAGACCCCGAAUGUCCCUAGCGAGCGAAAACUACCCAUCCAAACAUCUAAAAGAAUGCCAAACGAACGAUACAUAGGAGCUUUCGGAGUUGAGGGGUGGGCGACACGAAGUGGGACAAAUUUACUUAAACAUGGCGACAUUGUUAAGAUCGAGCGGCAAAAGCGAGCACCUCCGCCUACGAAAUCCAAAGGGAAAGGUGGACCUGUCACUCCAUUGAAAGGCUUUGGGGCUUCUGCGAAGCGACAGGACGUUGUUGUGCGCUUUACUACCCAAAACGGCAUAGAAGUCGGACGACUGGCAAGAGAGGCAGCGAACUGGGUCUCAGCUCUGAUUGACGAGAAAAUAUGCAAAUUUGAGGGAAGUGUCGUAUAUACCCCCGAACGACUUCGAACAAACGAUACGAUAUUUCUUCAGUUGCGCUGUUCGUUACUCAGCUCUGCUUUCUUUAGCCGAUCUUUCCAGCUUGCGGACGAUCGGUCAGCUGCCUUCUUUGAUCAAAACGAAACAAAUGAUGAAAAAACACUAAGGAUGAGACAAGUAGCAUUGGUGAAGUUAUUCCAAGAGAUCAACCUUCAUCCUACCUUGACGAAUUCUGCUACGAAAGAUGGCCGCAAGGGGCUGCUCCAGGCUGCUGAACAAGACGAAGAGAAGCAGAAGGAAACUAAAAUAUCGAACGGGAACAGAAAUAGCAACACCAGGGAAGUAAGCUCGUCUCAAUCAUCCGAUACAGAAGAAGGAGAGGAGUUGGAACAGGAUCAGCUCGAUGCGCUUUACAAAAAGGCUCAAUCGUUCGACUUUAACACCCCAGAAGCGGAACCAGCAGACACAUUUGCCAUGACACUUCGUAAAUAUCAGAAGCAAGCGCUACAUUGGAUGAUGGCUAAAGAGAAGGACGAAAAGAGUCACCGAGAGCCAUCAAUGCACCCACUGUGGGAAGAGUACGAUUGGCCAUUGAAGGAUGUAGACGAGAACGACUUGUCGCAAACUGAGGGGCAGUCUAAGUUCUACGUCAACCCCUACUCUGGCGACCUUUCGCUUGACUUUCCAGUGCAGGAACAGCACUGCCUCGGCGGUAUACUUGCCGAUGAAAUGGGUCUCGGUAAAACAAUUCAGAUGCUGAGCUUGGUUCAUACGCAUAGAUCCGAAAUCGCUCUUGAAGCUCGCCGAUCAGCUGUCGCACGCUCAAACGUGAACCAACUUACAAGACUAGGCAAGAACUCAGAGUCGGUUCUUGACGCGCCAUGUACAACGUUGGUGGUUGCACCCAUGUCGCUGCUGUCCCAAUGGCAGAGCGAAGCCGGAAAGGCUUCCAAGGAUGGAACGAUGAAAACCGAGCUAUACUAUGGUAACGAAAAGUCAAGUAACCUGCAGGCACUCUGCUGUGCAUCCAAUGCGGCCAAUGCUCCGGACGUGGUUAUCACUAGUUACGGUGUUGUUCUGUCCGAAUUUAGUAGCUUGGCUGCUAGGAAUGGGGACAAGAGUUUUCACAACGGACUCUUCUCACUAAGAUUCUUUCGCAUUAUCAUCGACGAAGCACACCAUAUCAAGAAUAGGUCAUCCAAGACAGCAAAAGCGUGCUACGAGAUUUCGGCCACCCAUCGAUGGGCCCUGACCGGAACUCCCAUCGUAAACAAGUUGGAAGAUUUGUUCAGCCUUGUCAGGUUCUUGGGGGUGGAACCUUGGAACAACUUUUCUUUCUGGCGAACAUUCAUUACUGUACCUUUUGAAUCUGGAGACUUCAUGCGAGCUUUGGAUGUCGUACAGACGGUUUUAGAGCCUCUUGUGCUUCGACGUACAAAGGACAUGAAAACGCCCGACGGCGAACCGCUUGUGCUCCUGCCACCAAAGCAAAUUGAGAUCGUCAAUGUGGAACUCUCGGAGACGGAGCGAGACGUCUACAAUUACAUCUUCAAUAAGGCGAAACGAACAUUCUCUCAGAACGUCGAGGCGGGGACUGUGAUGAAGGCUUUCACUACCAUCUUUGCCCAAAUUCUGCGUCUUCGGCAGUCAUGCUGCCAUCCCGUCCUUGUUCGCAACCGUGACAUUGUGGCAGAUGAAGUAGAAGCCGGAGCGGCUGCUGAUGCAGUGGCGGGACUUGCAGAUGAUAUGGAUCUUGAGUCGCUCAUCACUUCGUUCACUGCAGUAACAGAUAAAGCAUCAAAAGAGUCCAAUCAGACCUUUGGAGCUCAUGCACUGGAGCAAAUUCGUGAUGAAGCUGAGAAUGAGUGUCCUUUAUGUUUCGAGGAUCCAAUGAACGAUCAGACCGUGACUGGUUGUUGGCAUUCGGCGUGCAAGAAGUGCUUGAUUGAUUAUAUCAAACAUCAGACUAGCAAGGCAGAAGUACCCCGAUGCUUCAGCUGUCGCGAGCCGAUAAACAAACGAGAUCUGUUUGAGGUUGUCCGUCACGAUGAAGAUCCUGAUAUGAUGUCGAAGAAGCCCAAGAUCAGCCUACAGCGAAUUGGUGUCAAUGCUUCUUCUGCAAAGGUGGUUGCGCUAAUGUCUGAGCUGCGAGCUCUAAGGCGGGAACAUCCCAAAAUGAAGUCGGUGGUAUUUUCUCAGUUCACAUCUUUCCUCAGCCUUAUUGAGCCUGCGCUCACACGUGCAAACAUCAAGUUUCUUCGGCUAGAUGGAUCGAUGGCUCAGAAAGCUCGAGCCGCUGUACUUGAUGAGUUCACAGAAAGAAAAGGAUUCACAAUACUUUUGCUCAGCUUGCGCGCUGGCGGUGUCGGGCUGAACUUGACGAGCGCUGGACGAGUAUUUAUGAUGGAUCCCUGGUGGAGCUUCGCCGUCGAGGCUCAGGCCAUCGAUCGGGUGCACAGAAUGGGCCAAGAGUCGGAAGUACAGGUGAAGAGAUUUGUGGUUAAGGAAAGUGUAGAAGAGCGGAUGCUAAAGGUCCAAGAGCGUAAAAAGUUCAUUGCAACUUCCUUGGGCAUGAUGAACGAUGAAGAGAAGAAGCUCCAGCGUAUCGAAGACAUCAAGGAGCUGCUGAGCUAA